AUGAAUUCAUUUCAAAUCAGUGAUCAUUGUGAAAAUAAUGUUGCAAACAUUAAUGUAUCCCAUUGUUCCGAAGAUUUGUUUCAGGAAUCUCCUCAGCUCGAAUGUAACAUUCAUAAUAGCUUUACCAGUGGUACUAAGUUUUCAAAUGAGAUAUCUAGUGAAACAUCUGAUGAUGCAUGUUCUACACCUAGAAGAAAACCUCGGAGAGCUAUGAGCUUUUCUCAUGACAGCUCUCAUUAUUACAGCAAAAAAAGUAGUGAUAGAAACGAUUCUACUACCGAUUCUUCCAAGUUUUUUCAACCAAUAUCACCAGUCCGUAAGAUUAAUUCUACUAUUUUGCUCCAAAUCGACCAAUCUAGUUCACCUGAAGUACAUAGGACUCCUGGGGUUCAUCACUUAAGCAAGGAGAAUGUUGCUGUGAUUUCAUUUGUUUCAGAGAGUGAGCAUUCAGAUUCUAGUAGUAUCUUAGACGACAGCCUAAAAAGUGAAGAUGAUCAAAAUUCUAAACAGUUGUUCAAAACUCCUGUCUGUAGUUCUGUGAAGAAACGUACUAUUCGACAGUGGCUAAAUAGUGUGUCACUCAACUGUUCUCUUAAGCCUAAUGAGAAUGGUUUGCAUGAUCGACAUGAGGUUGUUCUUCCUGAAUCAAAUCUUUCAAAAGACAAACAUGAUGCUAAACUAAUCGAUGUAAAUGUUUGCAUAUCAUCAGAGGACAAGGAUAAUACUUGUGAUAAAACAUUUGAUGGAAAAGAGUGUGAAGCCUUAAAUGAUUUAGGAACUACAAAUUCAUGUAAUAAUGAUAGUAUUCAAAAAAGUAAUAAUACAGGACAUUAUUGCCCAUCGUUAUUUGGUUCAUUUGAAAAUAGUGUAAGUGACUAUUCUAGGAAGAAGCAAAAACCUUGCAGUGAACACUCUGAUGUAGUCAAUGAUCAUAAUACUUGUAAUGAUAGCCAGAAGAGCCCAGGUAAAUCUGAAAGUUUCAAACAGCAUUAUAAACUAAGCAAACCAUUAGAAAGAAGUUUUCAUGAUGACUCUAAAAGAAAUAUUUCAAAGAGAGGUAAAAUUUUUAAUAAACGUUCACGUAAUUUCAAAUCAGAUGAUGAUAAUUUUUCAUCUCUCAACGAUAGUGAUUCAACUUUUAAUGAAAUCUGCAAUAAAAAUCCUUCUAAAAUUGUAGAUAGUGAUGACAGUUUUGACAAAAUAAGACUGUUCAAGAAGAAAAAGAAAAAAAAUUGUUUAAAUAUUUCUUCUGAUGAUAGUGAGGCUAAAGAUACUGCCAAUGAUUCUGAAGAUAUCCCUCACCACAGUAACGAGUUAUGUACUCCCAGAAGGAGAUUGUAUUUUCGGAACCCAUUAAAUAAUUCUCUUGAUGAUGAUGCUAAGCCAUUAAUGAUUAGUAAAGAUGAUUCUAUUAGUUCACCAGAUAAUUGCAAUGAAAAAGUAAUUGCUAAAACUACAGGUCUUCUUGAUCAAAUAUAUUCAGAAGUAUACAGUGUAAGUAGCACCUCUGUGUGUUCCCAUGAAAAUCAAGAUAAAUGUGUUGAUGACGGUAAAGAUGUUCAAUCAGAUCAUGCAUCCCUUAAUGAGACAUAUCAUCUGGGCAGGGGUCUUUCUUGUAACCAACCAGCUGAGUUGAAUGAAAGUCCUGAUUCUGUUUCACAUUACCAGUCAAGUUCUAUAAGACAUUCCUCACCCGAGGAACAAGAUGAUGUUAACCAUAUAAAUUUUAGUGGUCUAUCUAUCGGUAACACAUCUCAGAAGAAUAUUUCUGAGAACCAUUUUGAUAUGAAGAUCAAUACUUCUGAUAAAGAUGGUUUUAAAUCAUGCUCUGGAUUCAUUGACGAAUCUCACACUAAUGAAGAUCUUGAUCCUUCAAAUCAGCUUCUCAAUAAACAUGAUGACAGCUCAGAUUCUAUUGUGAACAUUAAAAGAAAGUCUAAGAAAAACAAACUCAAUUUUUCUUCUGAUGACUCUUUUUUGUCAGAAAAACCUAAUGACAACAUAAUUGAUGUUAAUGAAAGAUCUGACAAUGAAGCAAACCCCUCAAUCGAUUUGACCAAAUCCGAUGAUGAAUAUGACAAAUAUAUGUAUAGGACUCGGAGUGAUUCCUCUUUUUCAGAUGAUGAAGAAAUUCCAGGUGUUUCGAAAGAUUCAUCAGAGGUUCUUAGUGUGCAUACUACCACUAGUGAAGAAGAGGGAGAUGAUGAUGGAAAUGCUCCUUGGUUUGAUUUAGAAUCAUACCUUAAAAAAAAUAUUCCUGCAUCAUCUAAAUCCUUUGAUUCUUCAUUUUUAAAGAAUUCAGAAAAGAGAAGUGCACGGCUUGCUAAGAUUUCCUUACCAACUCAUUCUAGUAACCCUAAUCAUACAUCAUUUCUGUUAUCUUUGACACCAGAAGUACCCGAUGAAAUGUGUCAUCCAGAAGCCAUUAAAUACAGGAAAGAUUCUUUUUCAAAAUUCAAAAAUGAACUUGUUGAUCUGCUGUUUAAAUUAUACAAUAAGGAAAUAUUUGAUGGAAAACUUCCACCAUUGGAAAUCAAGUGGUCUGGCCAUCUGACCACAACUUCAGGAAUCACAAAAUCUUCCUCUAAGAUUACUAAAAAUGGCAAAAUACGGAAUUCCAUGAUCAAACUUUCCAAGACUGUUGUAAAUGAUGCUUCUAAAGUUAGAGAUGUAUUACUUCAUGAGCUGUGCCAUGCUGCUAAUUGGUUGAUCGAUGAACAGGCUGGUGGCCAUGGGCCAUUAUUCAAGAAGUGGGUUAACAAAAUAUGGAUAAAAUUUCCAGAAGUUCCUAAAGUAAAAACAACACACCAUUAUGAACUCAAUUGGAAAUAUCUUUAUAAGUGUUCUUAUUGUGGUUAUGAACUUGGCAAAAUGAAAUUAAGUUUAACUGAGACUUCUUGCCGUCUUUGUGGUGGUUUAGUUACUGUAAAUACGUAAUGAGGUAAAUUUUAAUA